GCGACGACGCGCGGGCGGCGGCUCGAUCGCGGCGCGGAGCGAAGAUCUCCUCCCGGCGAUUCAUUCGUUCAUCGAAGGUGCGGCGGGCUUUUAGGUCAACCCCCGCCUCCGACCCCCCCCCCCGGUCGCUCGCGCGCGCUUCGGAGAAAGGCGAUGAUGAUCUUGUAUACUGUUUUUCUGACACCUCUUGUUUGAGAGCCUCGUCGUUCGAUGAACUCAAUACGCAAACCACUGAGCUUUUCUCCGAAGCGACCCGCCGGUCGAUCGGCGCAUCUAUCUCGUCGAUCGAUCGGACCCGAGCCCGAGCCCGAGCCCGACCGAAACAACGAGCGAGCGAACGAACGAACGAACCGAACGAGAAAACGACGACCGGCGACGACGACCGGCGACGACGACGCGCGCGUGGAUGAAGACACCAGUACCAAAUUAGAUGACGAAUCUGAAUCUCGGUGUGGACCACUUUCAGCCUUGACGGACACGCGCGCGCCGCCGCCGCCGACGCCGACGCCUGUUCGGACUUCGAUUUCGAUUCGUUCUUCGUUCGUCGCCCUCGUCAGUCCGCCCGUCCGUCCGUCCGUCCGUCGGAGUCUUCUUCCUCGUCUUCUCUCUCCGCAGCUAAAGCCGGCGGAGGCGAAUGCAUAACUCGUGGGGAGACCCGCCGGGCCGUCAAACCUGGUGUAGUUAUGCGCGACAGGUGCCCUCGUGACUUAGCGCUGCGCAAAACG